AUGCCUUUCGACCCUCAGCAAGGUGAGUGGCCUUCAAAGCGCGCGGUUCUCGUGGCAGCGACGGCUGCAGCAAACUGGCAUUGCCGAUUCGAUGCAGAGGCCGCCGCAUUGAAUGGCACCGACGUGCUGCUUCAGAAGUGGGCCAAGCUCUCGGAUAAACAAAGGUUGGGGCGUGACGAAGCAUCCCGGCGCUGGAUCGUCAGCAUGCCGGACGGGACGGUGAAGUCGAUUCGGUCACAGAACCUCGAUCCUUUGUACGCCAGCCAGUUCACGGCACGAGCUCCAGACGCUGCAGAUCACUGUGAUGCAGAUGGCGAGAGGAGCUAUCUGGAUCGUGAGGAGCUGAAGACGCUGGCACGUACCAUGCUCGAAAGCACUGCCGAGCCCGGUAGACAGGCGUCUGCGACCGACGAGGUACUAGAAGCCCUCUCGGAGUCAGAUUUGCUCGAGCUGAUCGAUGGCCUCAGUCGGGAUCCUUCGAGGACGGGCGACCCUACGUGCACGCAAGAGAACCCUGAGGCUCCCGAGAUGCGAAGCGCGGUCAGGCCAGGAGGGUCCCAGGACAGCUUACGAGGCACGAGCUGGUUGGAGCAAGAAGAAGCUCGACUAAAGUCCUUGGCCGAGGCACAGGCCAAAAAGGCAGAAGAGCUUGAGGCUCGCGAGGCAGCCUUGCACCAAGCCGAAUCAGAACUGGAAAGGAAACGGUUCUGUGAAAGAAGCGAGCGCAGCGAGCAACCAGAGGCGGCGUUGCCUAUGCGAGUACCUUUUGUAGUUCAGAAGGAGUCGGUGGAACAACCAUCGCCAACGUCUACUGCUCUGGAGGCAGAGCGGGUAGACUUGCAACGACUUCGAGAAGAGGUCGAAGCUGCCGCCAAGGAUUUGGAGUUGCGGCAACAAGCUGCCCAGAGAUCUGCGGAGGAGCGUGAAUUGCAGCUCUUGGAAGAGGAGUCGGCGCAGAUGAAGUUGGCCUCCUCGCUAAAGGACGAGGAAGCACGCCUGCACCUGCAGCGCCGCAGUCUGGGAAUGCUCCAGCAGGCCAUCCUGAAGGCGGCGGACAGACCAAGCCCUGGGGGCUACGUAGAGCACACUAUGAACGACGGAGAAGCAGAUGGUCCAGAUGUGCUCGAGGUGGAUCGCGCAAGAGGAGAUGAGGCGGAACGUGCCACUUUGCAUGGCGAUACGGAUGACGAUGAGGUUUGGGAUCUGGAUUGGAGUGCUGUCAAGCAUGGCGAGUAA